AUGCAGCAAGUGCGUUCAAAUCGAGAACCAGUACAUGAAACAGCUGCUCGUGGAGGAGGAGGAGAAGGAGGCUCUCCUAUUGCUGCUCGCACUGAAAUAGCGUCAUUACUUAAUGACUAUACUGGCCCACAACGACAUUAUCAUGAUCGUCUUGAAUCUCUUGAACGUGAAAUGGCUUCACUAAAAGGUCAAGUCAAUCAAGCUUUUUUAACUCCAUCAAAUGAAUCUGAACUCAAUCGUUCCUAUCCAAGUAGGAAAGCACCAAUUUCACAACCGACAUCAGCUCGAGUUACAAGCCCUCCUCGUAUUCCAUUGCCACUUAACGCUCGAAAAACAUCAAAUGAUGAAAUGCAGAUAAUUUCUACGCAUGAUGGACCUUUUUCACGUCCACUACCUCAAGUACCUGUUAAUCGUAGUAAAAGUUUUAAUAACGGUGUAUUACAAUCACCAUCAUCACAAUCAGCAAAUAGUUCGGAUGAAGCUAAUCUUCUUCGAUCUUAUAGAGUACAUCUUGAACAAGUACUUCGCAAAGAUGCACCACCAUUCGCGGAUAUUAAAAUACCAAAUUAUACAUCUAUAGAAGAUGUUUUGAAGGCAAAUGAGCAACUAUUACUUGAAAAUGAUCGUCUUCGAUCUGAAUUGAAUCGAUUAAAAACAGAAAGUAUUUUAUUACUUCGAUCUAUGAGAGCAACCACUGGAUUGGAACCAAAUUUAGGCAAUGAACGGAUUAUUGCGGAACGUGAACGUCAAGAAUUAGCUAUUGAAUUAUCGCGUCAAGUAGAAGAAAAUAAACGUCUUCGUCGAUCAUUAUUGGCUCAAUCAGCAAAAUUUUUAACAUUACGUCAAUCAACAAAUGCUACUGAUGCUCCUUUAUCAACAUCCAAUGAUCAUCGUCUUACUCCGGAAUCUGCACCACAGCCAACACUUAAUAUUAAUAAAACUCAACAACAAUCAAAAUCAGCUCGUUUUAUCGUAGGUAAUCGAGGUACUGCUCGACCUCGAACAUUCAAUCAUGGCUCACACGAUCCAUUAAUAACAAUGCAAUUUCGAUCAAUCAUCUCAGUUUUCAUCGUAGCAUGUCUAAUUAUUGUAAUCUUCGUUGGCAAUGUAGCUGAAAGUGGAAACAUUCUUGAUAAUUCAAAUAAGCAAAAUUUCUUUGUUCAACGUUUGAGACGUAUAGUACGUAAUACAAAUCAACGUUAUAGACGACAAUUUGAUAAUGAUGAUAGCAAUAUAUAUGAUACUGAUAGCAGUGGAUCUAACAUUGAUGAUGGAAGUAAUUCUAUAAAUGCUGGAUCUCAAAAUCAACAAAAUAAUGAUCAAGGCAAAUAUUCAAUGGAAGUUAAUUAG